AUGAACAGUCGUCCAGCCACUCCAGCCCAGAAAAAUGCCACAGCCACAAUGCACUGUAGCUGCGAAGACGGACACCCAAACAAAGUGAAUCCUGCAGUGACUGUGGCUCUCUUGGCCACCCGUAAGGUGGAUGUGUUGAGGGCUGUGGUGUAUCUGGUGGCUCAGUGUUUGGGUGGGAUCCUCGCGACCGGCCUCAUGUACCUCUCACUGCCUCUGAAGUCAACCGCACAGAACUACAUCAACAAGGUCCCAGUGGAGAUGAACGCAGGUCAAGCUCUUGGAAUGGAGAUGCUUGCUACAUUUCUCCUGGGUUUCACUGUAUUUUCUGUGGAAGAUCAACGCAGGAGAGAAAUAAAUGAACCUGGAAACUUAGCCAUUGGUCUUGCUGUAACUACUGCGAUCUUUAUAGCUGGGAGAUUUUCUGGUGCCAGCUUGAAUCCUGCUCGCUCCCUUGGUCCUGCUAUAAUACUGGGAUAUUGGGAACAUCACUGGGUGUACUGGAUCGGGCCAAUAUUAGGUGCAGUCCUGGCUGGAGUCUCUCAUGAGUUUAUUUUCGCCCCCAGCGCAUCCAGGCAGAAGCUGGUGGCGUGUUUGACCUGUAAGGACAUUGAGAUUGUGGAGACGGCCAGCGUGUCUCGAUCAUCUCUGUCCACCGUCACACAGAGUGCCAUGAGACACAAACAAAACAACAAGCUGGAGCAUAGCUGA